ACAUCGUAUAGCGGAGAAAUAUUGUCUCAACAUAGCGUGACCAAAACCGGUUUUGUCUGUUAUUAUAGGUCUAUAAAUAACUAGUUAUGUGAUAUAUUGGUCACUUCUACGAGGUUUCUCUUACGGGUAACAUCUUACAUUCUAAAAUGAGUGACACCGACAUGAAUUCGGGCGGGGAAGAUAGCCAGAAAUUGGAAAGAAUGGUGGAUAGUAAAAUUCGACACUCCCUGGAGACGCAUAAGAACGACAUGCUCAAGGAGAUUGGCUCAUUAUUCGAAAAGAUAAGUGAAAAUACUAAUAAUUCACAGUUAAGCAAAAUUAGUAAUAUCAUAGCAUGUGACAUUCCAAAAUUCAAAAGAAAAAGCAAUGAAGAGCAAUAUAAGCACAACGUUAAAGUAAACAUGAAAUUAAAUGAAGCCGAGCAGUUAGUUAGCACAGACCCCGUUCAGUGUAAAGCCAAAAUCGUUGAAGGUGUUGACUUAAAAAUCAGCAUGGAGAGCAAGUUGGCAGAGGCAGGAAUCAAUAAUCAAGGAAAUCUGGCGGAACACAUGGCUACAUAUAUUUUACAUUCAAGGGCAGAUAAUACAGUUAAAAAAUACAAUGGUUAUUUCAAGCUCUUUAGAGCAUUUUGUGAAUCUAAAAGUUUAUCAGCAAGACCAGCUAAUUACAUGACAGUGGCAUUAUUUCUAACUUCUCUUCUAGACGAAAAUAAAUCAAACAGCGUCGUGAGUUCAUCUGUGUACGCCAUUAAGUGGAUGCAUUCUAUUCAUGACUUGCCGGAUCCUACGGACAAUUCUGUAGUAAGGAAUUUAUUAGAAGCCUCUAAAAGACUUAGAUCAAAACCGGUUGUAAAGAAAGACAUUGUAGAUUCCAAUAUGUUAAAAUCUUUGUGUGCCUUGUUUGAAAACAAUAUGACACUUGUGAAUUUACGAGACUUGUCUAUGAUUCUAAUUUGUUAUGCAGGUUUUUUAAGAUUUAAUGAAUUAAGUUCUCUUUGCUGUAAUGAUGUCAUUUUUAAUGAAAAUCAUAUUGUUAUAAAAAUAAGGGUUAGCAAAACUGAUAUUUACAGAAAGGGAAACGAAGUUCUAAUAGCUAAGGGUGAUACUAUUGCCUGUCCAUACAAGAUGUUACAAAAGUAUAUGUCUAAGGCAGAUUUGACUGUUGAAUCAGAAAAAUAUCUAUUCAGACCAUUGUUGAAAACAAGAGGUAAAUACUCAUUGGUUAAAGUAAACAAACAGCUGAGCUAUACUAGAGCCAAAGAGUGUAUUGUUGCUAAACUUAGAUUAGUAGCUCCGGGAUUGAAACUCGGUACACAUUCUCUUAGAGCCAGCGGUGCUUCCGCUGCAGUUAAUUUUGGCAAGGUAUCUGAGCGUUGCAUUAAGAGACAUGGUCGCUGGAAGUCAGACCAAGCAAAAGAUGGUUAUGUUCAAGAUUCACUUGAAGAAAGGCUUUUUAUUUCAAAGCAUUUAGGGUUAUGAGGUGUUUGCAUCUUUGUUUAAAAAAAAAAAAAAAAAAGAGCUCAGUUUUUCAAAUGAUACAUCUUGCAAUUCCUUAAUGAAUAAUGAACAGCCAUAUUUCGAUAUUAUUAGCAAAUUGAAUUAGAAUGUUUCUUUUCUAUGCUUUGUAUUUUUUCUAUAAAUGCGCCUCGUCAACGCAAAACUGUUUGUUUGUUUUGGUUUUGGUUUAAGGUGGUGUUUGAGACAUAUAGUUCUCCGCGUUACAUCGUAUAGCGGAGAAAUAUUGUCUCAACAUAGCGUGACCAAAACCGGUUUUGUCUGUUAUUAUAGGUCUAUAAAUAACUAGUUAUGUGAUAUAUUGGUCACUUCUACGAGGUUUCUCUUACGGGUAACAUCUUACAUUCUAAUUCAAUUAUAUAUUUUGUGAAAGUUUAUAUUUCUGAGUUUUUUCUUUGAAAAAAUAGAGAGAGCACGUCUGGACAGAAUUCCGUUAAGUCCAAUAUUUCGAGGAAUAGUCUGAGAAAUGUGCCGAUCACCGGUAUAUUUCGUGCAUGCUACAGAUACACGUUUCCUUUCGCCAAAAAAAAAAAAAAAAAACGGCGACGGGGUUUUUCGUGGGCGGCCAGUAUUCCGAUGACAAAUAUACAGUCAAUGAUAUUUUGUUAAUUCUGUUAGAAUGUUUACAAGCUACAAUGAUAAUAUAAUAACUAUUGAUUGUGACGUGUAUUCCAAAAAGUAAUAGCUGAUACAUGUAAAUCUUUAUGACAUUACUCUUUUACUCUUGUAUGGGACAUGUUUUCCCACAGUUAAUUCAAGUUUAUAUAUACAUGUAUAGUUCACAAGUAGCAGAUAACAUAAUAUUUUAUCAUUACGAAUGAAUUUAGUUUUAUUGCAAUAUCAAUGCAUUUUGUUAAACAAAAAUAAAAUUAAAAGAUUUUGUAUUACUGCAUAAACUGCUCCCAUGUUACCUAA